GGCCGCGGGCCGGGCAUGGAGCGCUGGGCGGGGGCCGCCGGCGGCUGGGGCUCGCUGUGGGGAGCGGGCUGGGGCCGAUGGCCGUGCUGGGAGCUCCUGGCCGCCUGCGCCGUCAUCGGCGCCGUGGGCUGGCUGCUGCGGCUGCGGGACAGGAGGCCGGGCGGCCGCCGAGCCGCGGCCAUCGCGCCCCGCCCGGCUCCCGCCGCCUGCCCCGCGCCCUCCGCCGCCGCGGGGAGCCGGCACUGCAGCGGGGCCCGCCCAGGUGAAAUAACAAUGGAUACAAUACUGUCCCAGCUGAAGAAGCUUGGCCCCGAUGAGCUGAGAGAAGAGAUCGUGAGAGCAGGACUGAAAUGCGGCCCCAUUACUGCAACUACGAGGUUCAUCUUUGAGAAGAAGUUGGCCCAGGCGCUGUUGGAGCAGCAGGGAGCACUGCAGGACACGGGAUCUGCUCUGCCUCAGGAGGCUGCUGGGAAUCACAACGGCCACGGAGGUGCUGCUGAGGAGCCAGACUUUGGGUACUGUGUGGGUGUGAACCCUCCAGAAGAAGAUGCUGUGACACACGUGAACUGCUCAGCUCCAGCCUGUGCAGCAGGAAGUGCUGAUUCACAGAGCAGUGCUCAGACACCCUCCCGAGAUCCUCCGCUGUUCUACGGUGUUUGCCCAGUUUAUGAUGACAUACUGGCAAGGAAUGAGAGAGUACAUGUUUAUGAAGAUAAAAAGGAGGCUCUCCAAGCUGUUAAGAUGAUUAAGGGUUCCCGUUUUAAGGCUUUUACAAACAGAGAAGAUGCUGAGAAAUUUGCUAAAGGAAUCUGUGAUUAUUUCCCAUCUCCCAGCAAGUCCUCCCUAUGUUUGUCACCAGUGAAAAUGGGAUCAUUUAACAGAGAUGGCUUGUGCUCCCCUGAAGCUGAAACUGCCAACAAGGAGAGAGCCAACAGCUACAAAAGUCCACGGACUCAGGAUCUCACGGCUAAACUUCGGAAAGCUGUGGAGAAGGGAGACACAGCAACGUUUUCAGAGCUGAUCUGGAGUAACCCUCGCUAUCUGAUCGGGUCAGGAGACAAUCCAACGGUGGUACAGGAAGGGUGUAGGUACAAUGUCAUGCAUGUGGCUGCCAAGGAGAACCAACCUGGGAUCUGCCAGUUGCUGCUGGACACUUUGGAAAAUCCCGAGUUCAUGAGGCUCAUGUACCCGGAUGAUAACGAGGCCAUGCUGAAGAAUCGCAUCCAAUACAUUGUUGACCUUUACCUCAACACACCAGAUAAAAUGGGAUUUGAUACUCCGCUGCAUUUUGCCUGCAAGUUUGGGAAUUUGGAUGUUGUUAAUGUGCUUACCUCACACCCAGCUAUUGUGAAAAAUCCAAGAAACAAAUAUGAUCAAACUCCAGCAGAAGUAAUUUGUGAAAGAAGCAAGAAUAAAUCUGCAGAAUUGAAAGAAAAGCUGAGAGAGUACUUGAAAGGCCGAUAUUAUGUGCCCCUCCUGAGAGCAGAGGACAAUUCCUCAGCUCCUGUCAUCGGAGCGCCGUGGUCACCGGACCAGACGGAUGAUGGUCCCCAGAGGGCUUCAUUGAAAUACCCUGGCAGCCCCAAAGAUCCAGUGUUGUCCAUAAGAGCUUUUGCAGGCCCCAUGAGCCCCUCAAAGGCUGAAGAAUUUCGCAGGCUUUGGAAAACUCCACCUCGAGAGAGAGCUGGCUUCUUUCACAAUGUCAGGAAAUCUGAUCUGGAGAGGGGUGUUGAAAGAGUUGGAAGGGAGUUAGCUCAUGAGCUGGGGUUCCCGUGGGUUGAAUACUGGGAAUUUCUGGGCUGUUUUGUUGAUCUGUCUUCCCAGGAGGGGCUGCGAAAAUUAGAAGAGUACCUGAGUCAUCGUGAAAUGAGCGAAAAGGCUCAGCAGGAGACAGGGGAAAAUGAAACCUGCAACAGAUAUAAAACACCCCAGCCCUCGGGGAAGAGCAAAAAGUCCUGCAACUCCAUUUCGGUGGGGGCGUUUCUGGACGAGGAUGACGAUGACAUGAGCUUGGAGGAAAUCAAAAACCGGCAGAACGCGGCGCGGAACUUCAGCCCCCCGCUGGUGCCGGGGGAGCCCGGCAUCGCCGACAGCAUCGACGACAUCCUGGCCGUGGGGCGGGCGGCGAACAUCCUGCCCACGGCCCCCCACGGCCACAAGGCAGCUGCUCCCAGCAGGAACGGGUUCUGCAGCCCCGUGGGCACCGACAGGAUCAUCAGCCGCGGGGAGGAACGUCCCGCAUCGCCCGUCUCCGAUUUAACCCCCGAGUUUGAGAGCCUGUCCUUCCAGGAGCAGGAGCUUGCGGGAGCAUCCCAUAAAAUCACGGAAAAAACUGGGAAGGAGGGGGUUCUGGACAAGGCCUGCUGUGCAGUGUCACUGGCGAGUUCUCCUGAGCCAGGAAAAUCUGGAGAGGCCAAGUUAAGGACAGAACACAAAACGCCCUUAGAAAAGGAGAGGCUGCCCAGGCAGUCUGGGAUUCUGACCAAGGAGGCACAACAGCGACAAGAACUUUCUUCCCAGAAGUUUCUCUCGAAGGCUUUGCCCACAAAUGACAAUUCUACGUUAUUCCUGCUUGGGGAGCAGCCCUCGAAGCUGGAUGGUGAUGUGCUGGCAGCUCUGGAAGCAGCAGAGAUCGAUGCCCAGAAAUACCCGAUGAUUUCCAAGUGGAAGCUCGCAGUGCAGUCCUACUCCUCCUCUGACAGGCAAAGUUGGCCCAGUCCAGCUCUGAAGGCGAAAUUCCGGUCCCAAACCACCCCUGCUGGCCUUCCAAGUGGUUCAGUGUAUCCCAGCUCCGGGAGGAGCAGUCCCCUGGCAGGGAGUCCGGGCAGACACGGCAGUGGCAGCUCCUUCCCUGCAGAGCUGGGCAGUCCCGGGCGCUACAGCCCGGCCUGGGUGCCCCCGGCCCUGCUCCAACCGCGCCACCGGGCAGAGCCCCCCGCCCUCUGAGCACCUGGGA